CACGGCAACACGUGCUUCAUGAACGCCACGCUGCAGUGUCUCAGCAACACCGAGCUCUUCGCCGAGUACCUGGCGCUGGGCCAGUACCGGGCGGGGCGGCCCGAGCCCUCGCCUGACCCCGAGCCGCCCGCCGGCCGCGGCGCGCACGGCCAGGGCGAGGUCACCGAGCAGCUGGCGCACCUGGUGCGGGCCCUCUGGACCCUCGAGUACACCCCGCAGCACAGCCGCGACUUUAAGAGUAUUGUGUCAAAGAAUGCCCUGCAAUACCGGGGCAGUUCCCAGCAUGACGCCCAGGAGUUUCUGCUGUGGCUUUUGGACCGCGUUCACGAAGACCUCAAUCAUUCUGUGAAGCAGAGUGGCCAGCCUCCCCUGAAGCCGCCGUCAGAGACUGAUAUAAUGCCUGAGGGACCAUCCUUUCCUAUCUGCAGUACUUUUGUACAAGAACUUUUUCAAGCCCAGUACAGAUCUUCUUUGACAUGUCCUCAUUGUCAGAAACAGAGCAACACUUUUGACCCCUUUCUCUGCAUUUCUUUGCCAAUUCCUCUACCCCACACCAGGCCUCUCUAUGUCACCGUAGUGUACCAAGGGAAGUGCUCGCACUGCAUGAGGGUCGGAGUGGCCGUGCCUCUGUCGGGGACUGUCGCCAGGCUUCGGGAAGCAGUGUCUAUGGAAACCAAGAUCCCAGCUGAUCAGAUUGUGUUAACAGAAAUGUACUACGAUGGAUUUCAUCGGUCCUUUUGUGAUACAGACGACCUGGAAACAGUCCAUGAAAGUGAUUGCAUUUUUGCUUUUGAGACACCAGAAAUAUUUAGGCCUGAAGGGAUUCUCAGUCAAAGAGGAAUUUAUUUAAAUAACAAUCUAAACCACUUGAAAUUUGGCCUGGAUCACCAUAGACUGUCUUCCCCUACGCAAACAGCAGCAAAGCAGGGGAAAGUGGACCUGCCUUCCACCAGAGCGGGAAGUGACAAGAUUGUUCUUUUGGUGUGUAAUCGAGCCUGCACUGGGCAGCAAGGGAAAAGGUUUGGACUGCCUUUUGUGCUGCAUCUAGAGAAGACAAUAGCGUGGGACCUUCUGCAGAAGGAAAUUUUAGAGAAGAUGAAGUAUUUCUUGAGGCCCACUGUUUGCAUUCAGGUGUGUCCAUUCAGUUUGCGUGUGGUCAGUGUUGUGGGAAUAACAUACUUGCUGCCCCAGGAGGAGCAGCCCCUGUGCCAUCCAACAGUCGAAAGGGCUUUAAAAUCUUGUGGACCAGGCGGUACUGCUCAUGUGAAAUUAGUAGUAGAAUGGGACAAGGAGACAAAAGAUUUCUUGUUUAUAAAUACUGAAGAUGAGUAUAUCCCUGACUCAGAGAGUGUCCGUCUACAAAAGGAGCGCCAUCAUCAGCCUCAGACUUGCACUUUAUCUCAGUGUUUCCAACUCUACACCAAAGAGGAACGGCUUGCCCCAGAUGAUGCCUGGCGUUGCCCACACUGUAAGCAGCUGCAGCAAGGGAGUAUUACCUUAAGCCUGUGGACUCUGCCCGAUGUGCUUAUUAUACAUCUAAAGAGGUUUCGGCAGGAAGGAGACAGGCGUAUGAAACUUCAGAACAUGGUCAGAUUUCCCUUGACUGGCCUGGACAUGACCCCUCACGUGGUUAAGAGAAGUCAGAGCAGCUGGAGUUUGCCAUCGCAUUGGUCCCCGUGGAGGCGGCCCUAUGGACUCGGGCGGGACCCCGAGGACUACAUCUAUGACCUGUAUGCUGUGUGCAAUCAUCAUGGCACCAUGCAAGGGGGGCACUACACAGCAUACUGCAAGAACUCUGUGGACGGCCUCUGGUACUGCUUCGAUGACAGUGACGUGCAGCAGCUGUCCGAAGAUGAAGUCUGCACACAGACGGCCUAUAUCCUCUUCUACCAGCGGCGGACAGCUAUACCCUCCUGGUCAGCCAAUAGUUCUGUGGCGGGCUCCACCAGCUCUUCGCUGUGUGAACACUGGGUGAGCCGGCUCCCAGGGAGCAAGCAAGCCAGCGUCACCUCUGCAGCCUCCUCCAGACGCACCUCGCUGGCCUCGCUCUCCGAGUCUGUGGAGAUGACCGGGGAAAGGAGUGAAGAUGACGGGGGAUUUUCAACUCGACCAUUUGUGAGAAGUGUCCAACGUCAAAGCUUGUCAUCCAGAUCCUCUGUCACCAGCCCCUUGGCUGUCAACGAAAAUUGCAUGAGGCCAUCUUGGUCCCUGUCUGCGAAGCUGCAGAUGCGCUCCAAUUCUCCUUCCCGAUUCUCAGGGGACUCCCCGAUUCACACCUCCGCCUCCACCCUGGAGAAGAUUGGCGAGGCAGUGGAUGACAAGGUCUCCAUCUCCUGCUUUGGCAGUUUGAGAAACCUUUCUAGCACUUACCAGGAAGCGAAUGAUAGUCACACUCGACGUGAGCACAGAGCUGUGGGCCGGGCCCCUCUGGCUGUCAUGGAAGGGGUGUUCAAAGAAGUCCCCGAGGCCUGCAAAUUGAACUCCAGUCUUGCCGAUGCACAGAGCAAAAAGGCAGCACAAGGGGACCGUUUGCCUUCAGUCUCCGAUCCUUUCGAUAACAACAACCAGAUUGCGUAUGUGGAUCAGAGCGAUUCUGUCGACAGCUCUCCAGUCAAAGAAGUAAAGCUGCCAAGCCACCCCGGCUCACUCUCAAAGAAGCCAGAGAGCACGGCCAAGAGAUCUCCCAGCUCCAAAGGCCCUUCUGAGCCAGAUAAAAGCUUGCGGAAGGGGAGAACGGUCUUGGCAAGCCAGGAGUCAUCUCUUUCAAGUACAUCUCCUUCUUCUCCUGUUCCCGUAAAAGUUUCUGUAAAGCCCUCCCGCUCCAGGAGCAAGGCAGAUUCUUCUUCCAGGGCCAGUGGACGUCAUGCAGCCCCUGCCCCUGUCCAUCCCAAAAAGGAGUCGUCCCCCAAGCCCAAGGACGCUGGACCAUCUCCUUCACCACAGAAGCAGAAGUCCACCUCGUCCCUCACGUCCUCGUCUGCCAAAAAACCCACAGGCCCUGCCACCAGGGGCCCUUUCCCUCCUGGGAAGAGCAGGACUUCAGACCGAAGCCUAAGCCGAGAAGGCUCUAGACAAAGCCUCGGUUCUGACAGGGCCAGCGUCACCUCCACCUCCAAACCCGUCUCCCCUUGGGUGGGUCAGACCAGAGUCGGGGAGGGCAGAGGAGACAGCAAGCAUGUCAGGAGCUCCUCCAUGGCCAGCCUGCGGUCUCCCAGCCUGAGCAUGAAGUCUGGUCUGAAGAGGGACAGCAAGUCCGAGGACAAGGGGCUGUCCUUCUUCAAAUCAGCCUUGAGGCAGAAGGAAACCCGGCGGUCAACUGAUCUUGGCAAGACAGCGCUUCUCUCCAGGAAGGCAGGCGGAAGUUCGGUCAAGUCAGCCUGCCAGAGUUCAGGGGAUGAUAAGUCAGAGAAGGGCGCCCAGCCUCCAGGCUCCCAGCUGCCCAGCUCAAAUUCGGUGGGAAAAGAGCAGCGAGUUGGCAAGGACCCUGCUUCUGCCAAGCAUUCCCUGCUGUCCACUCGCAAAUCCAAGUCUUCCCAGCUAGACUGUGGAGUUCCCUCAUCUCCCGGUGGCAAGCAGUCUGCUGAAAAAUCCUCAAAAAAGUUCUCUUCUGGCAUGCAAGCCUGUGCACGGCCUUCUCACCAACCGCAGUGAAUUUCUGCAAGCCAAGUGUUUCAUCUGUCAGGAUGUUUGUUUAUUUAAAAACCCUUCCCCCUCCCACCGAAGCCCUCUACGCUUUUGUAUCUUCUAGGCGAUGUGCCUGAUGUGGAUGUGUGGGGGUGUGUGCGCCCACGUAUGUGAGGAGAAUUCAGUUGUAUAUUGUGUGAAGUGGCGCCUUAUUCUACCAUUGAACCAAAUAACAGCCAUAGGCAAAACAUUGAUACCAAGCUAACUGGAAUAAUUAUAGACGCUACCCUGGACAGUCCCUUUAGCAAUGGUACAUAUUUCUUUCUGGAGAAUUCUAACGGCCUUUGUUGGACACUAGGGGUUUGAAGCCUGUGAACCAGUUAAGCUCUCAUUAAAUGUACUCCGCAGCGGAGCGACUGUUUGACCUGGAUCUCAUCUGAGCAGGAUCCGCCCUCAUGCGGAUCCUCGUGUAGCACCUGGAGCUCUAAAAACUGAGACGCUGCCUCCCAGCCGAACAAACCGAGGGAAAACUGUUGCUUUCUGCACUUUCACCCCAUUUCCCAGUCUUUGUAAAGGGCAAUAUUUUAACACUAAUGUUUCUCAGGUAUUUCCUCAGUUCGCCUAGGGUAGAUGUGUAGCAGUGGAUGGAUUAAAGAGGGUGACGGGUU